AUCUAAAUAGCGAUAUUUAUCUUUCUUUAUUAGAUUGCAAUUUUUAAAAUUUCAGACAUACGUUCCGGUUGUCUAUCCUUCGUUAAUCUCAAGAAUAUAGUGUUAGAUAGAUAGACGAAUUCAAAAAUUUUCUCCAGGCUGGCAUGACUCGAUUGUUAUCAGGAGAAGUAUGAUGUACAGGGGCAAGACACUGCUAAAAUCCAGACCAGAUAAGCUCCUGGUCAACUGUAUAUUUGGAUUAAGAUUGGUGAAGUUAGACGUGCCUGGGGCUGUUUUUCGAGGUGAUUCAGUUUGGUUAAAUUGUUCGUUCGAUUUGGAAUCGGACGAAUUGUAUUCGGUCAAGUGGUACAAAAACAACGUCGAAUUCUAUCGAUAUUUACCAAGUGACCAACCUCCAGCACAGAAAUAUGAACAAGUGGGAGUAUACUUAGAUUUAGCAAAAUCCUAUCAAGGCCACUUGUAUUUAUACAGAACGGAUCUGUAUACAGAAGGUACUUAUCGUUGCGAAGUAUCUGCAGAAUCUCCAUCUUUUCAAACAAUACGAGAAGAGAACGACAUACGUAUUUAUGGUAAUAAUUACUUUCAGGCAUCUCCAAGAUACGUAGUCAACUACCCACAAUUGUAUCAUCAUCCACAACUUCAGUUAUCUAGAUUGGGAUUAAAAUUUGUGGCUAAUAAAAGUUACUUUCCUGAUGGACUAUUAAAAUUCCUUUGCAUAGCAAAUUACACCAUCAUAAGUUCAAUAACCAGCGACGAAUAUUAUGCUACUAACAGUAGCAAACCAUUAGGACCUCAUUUAGCUUUAUCUUCAUUCAGGAGUAGUCCUAUUAUCAGUGGAGCAAGGAGAAGAUAUGAAGUUGGUGAUUUGGUUUUUGUCAAUUGCACGGCACCAAAAUCACUUAGCCAUACUCAACUUAAGUGGUUUAUUAAUGAUAAAGAGGCCAGAGAAGAGAAUGUGUUUGUUUAUCCCGAUCAUGUGUAUCCAGAUGGCCAAAGAGCUGAUAAUGUUGGCUUACGUUUCAUCGUCCAACCGCAUCAUUUCCAACGAGAUAUAAUUAGAUUGAAGUGUUCAGCUGUAUUAACAAGUAUUAUUAGUAAGAGAAGCGAAGAAAAAAUUAUUGGAGGAGGACAACCGAGUUCAGGAUUGCGUGUUUCUGAACAUGCCAGAACGGGUUGGUAUUACUUUUCUAUUUUUAGUAAACUCGUAACUUUAAUAUCUGAUUUGUUGUUAAAGAAGUAAAAUCUUAUGAGAAUUUUUAAAAAGACUUUAUUCUUUAAAGAAUUACAAUA